AUGAGCUUCCAGAAUUUACAUGAACUGGGAUAUUCUGAGUCACAGAUCACAACCUGCCUGAAGAUUUACGUCGGAAUAUUUACAUGCGGGAUUGCACUAUUUGCCCAACUAUACCCGGUGGAGUAUCCAGAUAGCCACGAUGUCAUGAUAGCGUUCAUAGCAGGUUACUUUUCACUGAGUGCGAUACUGCAUGUUUUUGUUAUUGUUUUUGAGAAGCGAUCAGUUCUUUUCCCAACGCAGAGAGUUGCGUCAAGGUGUUGUUCAAAAUUAAACUACCGGAUAUCGCUGGAAAGCGAGCUGACAAGAUCUAGCGAGACUUUAAAGCUGGUUUUAAGAGCACACGGCGGCGGUGGGGCAUCUGGAACGCUGAGAGUAGACACUGCUUUGGUUGUGUGCGACUACAUUUAUGAAGAUGGUAGCCUCGCUCACAGCAAAUUUACUGCGCUCAUACAUGCCAUGUUGAUGGAGCUUGAAGCCCGUUUUUUAGAACUGGUGCAAUGACAACGAGGGGCUGAGUCGUGGCCAUUUACAUGUGGCUAUUUGAAUACCUCGUUUCAUGGAUUGUUUCAUGUUGGUUUUCCACGUUCAUGUGCUUGAAGAAAAAAUACUU